UUAACACAUUUAUUGCAAGUGUGUCAUUCGGCCAUAGUAUUUUCUAGUGAGAGAAAAUUUCUUUUGUGUUCCAUUAAUAUCAUUUUGUGUGUAGAAAAUAUCUAUAAUAUUUUCUAAAUAUUAUUAGAAAUAUUUUCUAUAGAAAUAUACAAGAUUAUUAUUAUCCCAGUUUUAAUCUUUAUAUUUUAUACUACUAUAAUCUUUACUAGCAUAAAGAUUGUGGUAGACUCCGGCGUUGUUCGUGUGUCAAAGUUGGAGACCGGACGCUUGAACGGUUACGUUUGCACUUUCAACGCUCUUCCUACGACUUCUUCGUUUUUACCGCUUACGGAGAAAGAUUUUUCAAGAAGAAGGAAAUAAAGUCCUGGGAAAGAUUGAGGCUACAUUCAAUGAGAUGCCAUCAGCCACAUUCACCCUUGAUGAAGAAAGAUUGCUUGGCAGUAAGCUGCAGUAUGCCCUAGUUGGAAGAGGAGACAGAUUCAUCAAUCUCAACAUUCUCAAGAGCUUUCUUGAAGGGAUUGGGUUCCAGGGAGGAUUCAAGCUACGUAGACUGCUCAACAAUGAUGUACUUAUUAUCUUCCACAAAGAGGAGGAAUACCUGAGAUUCUUCAUUAGAGGUACAUGGACUAUCAACCAUAUUAAGUUUUAUGUUUCCAAAUGGUCCCCUGAGUAUUCACCCCACCAAGACUGCUCUGUAGUUCCCUUAUGGGUUACCUUCAGCAAACUCCCCACACAUUUUAUUAACCCAGUGGCAUUAUUCACCAUUGCUAGCACCAUUGGCAAACCUUUACUCAUGGAUUUCCAAACUGCCAACCUUAUAAGAACCAAUGAGGAAAGGUGUUGUAUUGAAAUAGACCUUGCAAAACCACUCCCCUCUCAAAUUCAUAUUAGAAUUUGUCCUAGAGAUCUAGUCCUACCUUGCAAGUUUGAAAAUGUUCCAGGAUUCUGUCAGCAGUGCCACAAGCUUGGCCCUGGUAAUUUUAUUUGCAAGAUUCAUGGUCAUUUUCAAACAUCAGCCCCUAAAUCAAGCAAGCCAGAUAAGAAUCAUGCUACAGAUACAGGAGAGUGGACUGUGGUUAAAAGUAAAAAAUCUAUUCAGAAGGAUGCCAGAGUAAUUUGGGAUACGGGGGGUCCCACUAGUGAUAGAUCUAAGAAGAGUGAUGGCUGGAUAUUAGAUAAUCAAUCUAAGAAGUGCCAGGCAACACACUCUCUCAAGAGGGGCCAGGCAACUUCCUCUAAAGUUACUGUGAGGGAUGGCUGGACAUUGGGAAUAGACUAUCCCAAGAGGGGCCAAGCUACAUCCUCAGUGGGCACAGUUGGGAAUGGCUGGACAUUGGGAAAUAAUUUAUCCAAGAGGAGCCAGGAUACAUUCACCAAAUCCAAACAGAUAUGGGUUCCAUUACUCAAUUCAGAAACCAAGGGGCAACAGGAUAUAGUGGAAUCUGGGACCCAUAUUCCAGUUACAACAACUUCAAGCCAAAAGAGUAAGGGUUCGGUGAUAGCUUUUGACAGUCCAGACCCUACUGGUGUGCAGAAAAAUAGUUUAAUUAUUUUCAACUCUCCCUCUCAGAAGGAUAUUGUUUCUGACUCCCACUCUCCAUUUUGGGGUCUUCAUUCCAUUUUCAAGGUUCAGGAUCACUUUCCAUCAUUCUCAGCAGCCAGAAAUUUUGCCACUAACUUAUUUCUGCAGAAUAAUGAGAAAGGUAAUUCCAACAACAACAACAAAAUCAGAUUCCAGAGAGGAUACUCAAUGUAUUCACAUAGACUUCUGGUGCCCUAUCAUCAACAACAAAAUCAGAUUUUUCUGCUAUCUAUGGGGGUCAUUGCUCUACUGUCAGAAGAAUACUCUGGGAAGAUCUCAUCAAUGCUAGCACAGAUUCCCACCCUUGGAUUGUGGGUGGUGACUUCAACGCCAUCCUUAGCCUGGAUGAACAUAAAGGCUCCUCCUCUCCUUAUUAUAAGGACUUUGGAAGAUUUUAGUGAUUGCAUUGAUGCUUGUGGUCUAACAGCCCCACCUUUCACUGGUGGAAUCUUUACUUGGAGUGGCACAACAAGUAAAGGAAAGCUUUGGAGAAGGUUAGACAGGGUGCUUCAUAAUCAAUCAGCUAUUGAGGCCUUCAAUGAAAUCAAUCUCACCCACCUUAGCAAGACAACCUCAUAUCAAAAGCCUUUGCUAAUUCAAUGCAAACAAGAAGGGUUUAAGGGCCCCAAACCUUUCAGGUUUCUUAAUGUUUGGACUACACACCAUAGUUUUUUGGAAGUGGUCAGUAAUUACUGGGCACACAGCCCUAGAAUAGGAGGAAUGACUGGCUUUGCUAGUAAACUUAAGGGUUUGAAACCUGUUCUGGCCCACUGGAGCAAGAAUCAUUUUGGAAACAUUUUUAAGGAGGUUAAGGAUAAUAAAAUUAAAGCAUCCAGAGCCCAAGAGGAUUUUGAAAAUGACCCAACAGAGGAAAAGAGAGCUCAGGCUAAUCUAGCCUCAGCUAAUCUAAUCCUUAGCCUUAACAAAGAAGUGGACUUCUGGAAACAAAAGGCUAACAUCAAGUGGAUGUCAGAAGGAGAUUGCAAUUCCAAAUUUUUUCAUUCAUUUGUCAAAAGCAAAAGAAGAAAACUUGCAAUCAAAACAAUCCAUGAUGAUCAAGGCAACAUUUUGACAACCCAAGAGGAUAUUUGCAGAGAGGCUAUUCACUAUUUUUCUAAUUGCUACACCACAGUCACUCAGUCAGAUGAAACCAUUAUUUCUCAAUUCAUUGAUCAAGUCAUUGAUGACAGAGACAAUCAACUCAUCUGCUCUAUUCCAUCUGAAGCUGAAAUUUAUAAAGCUAUUAUGAAUCUUAAUCCUGAUAGUGCAGCUGGCCCGGAUGGUUUCAAUGGGUAUUUCUUUAGAAUUUGCUGGAAGAUUAUCAAGGUAGAUGUCAUUCUUGCAUGUCAGGAAUUCUUCUUGGGAUUUCCAGUCCCCAGAUCAUUUGGUAGCACAUUUAUUACCCUCAUUCCCAAGAUUGAAGAUCCGAAAGGCUACAACACAGGCAAUCACCCAUUGAUAAGCCACUUGGCUUUUGCAGAUGACCUAGUGGUUUUCCUCAAUGGGGACACUAGAAACUUGAAAAAAUUUAGAAGGAUUUUAGAGGACUAUCAGAAAGGGUCUGGGCAACAAGUGAACCUUAACAAGAGCAGCUUUUAUACUGGGAAGAAGGUUGGCCAUGUCCAUGAUUCAUGCCCACGCUGGAAACCCUUGGAGGGUUUGGAUGGACAGAAUAUGGAUAGGGAGAAGCAUGGGUCCAAAACUUUUCUUUUGGAGGAGUGGGAUACUGGAUGGCAGGUUGUUCAACCCAAGAAAGGAAAGGCUAAGAGCAUUACUACAUGGACUUGGAGGGUUAAGGAAUCUGGCAAUAACGGACCAUGGUUGGAAGGGCCAGGGGAAUGUUCUAAAGCAACUGACAGUAUGAAGGAUAUGGUUCCUGUUACUGAACCUCAAUCCAGCUGCAGUCCUAAGCCAACUCACACAUCUGAGAUUGAGGAUUUUCAAUCAUACUCUAUAACAGAUCCAACUAUUCUUUCAGCUUUUACUUUGCAGCAUCUCUUUGAUAACUCAAUUCGGAUCCCCUAUCAAGAAGAUUUUCCAGUUGAUGAAAACAUGGCUAUUAUCUGUUUUGAACAAAACCCUAUUGCUGUUGAAUUUCCUGCAGAGGUUUUUGAGGUUGAGGAUGUUGUUGAAUUGACCCCUUCCAAAAAAGGCCAGAGAUUGAAGAAGUAUGUUCCUCCAUCUCCUGAGAAUCCUGGACUUGCUAGCAUAUCUGAUCAUAAAGGACCUAUUGGUCCAGACAUGGGAAUCAUUGAGGAUUUCACCCAAACCAUUAGUUACUAUGGUAUCUCUAUGGCAGCUAUUGAUCAUUUCCAGAAGGUUUUUGAAAGCAGUUAUGUGGGGGACAUGGAGGAUAUUUUAAGUCAAAUACAACCUGCUUUGACUGAUAAGGAUAAUGUACUUAUGGGCUCUAUUCCAGAGGAGGAGGAAAUCAGGAAAAUAGUUUGGAGUUUAAAUCCUAAUAGUUCAGCUGGUGGUGAUGGUUUUAAUGGUUUCUUCUAUAGGCAAUGCUGGGAUACAAUCAAACUUGAUGUUUGGCAGGCUAUAAAUCUCAACAAAAGUCAAGCCAUUGUGCAUGACAAGAUGAGGCUUGAGCAGAAAAGGGCAAUUACCAAGAUUCUAGGCAUUAAGUGUCAUACAAAGGAGUUUACUUAUUUGGGUUCUACUAUUGUCAGAGGUAAGCUAAGGAAGAUACAUUGCAAGGAGUUGGUGGAGAAGUUUGAAAAGAGGAUAACAUCAUGGGUUUUUCACUUAGUUGCUCCUCACUGCCAUUUUAACAAUGGGGUACUGCAAUGGAGGACUGGAACCUAUAGUUUCAAAGUGGCUUAUUCUUUAACCUAUAAUCAUCACCCAAAGCAACUGUCAUGUGUUUACUUAUGGGAUAAGAGGCAGAUUGGAAAAGUUGGCAUCUUCCUUUGGAGGUGCUUGAACAGGAUUCUCCCUCUCCCCAUGAAUCUCAGCCGGAUGAAUGUGCAGACAUCAGCUCUUUGUCCCUUUUGUAUGGGAGACGCCGGGCAGAGGGAAUCUGAGAACCUCACUCAAUUCCUUACCCGGUGGAAGGAAGAGGUUGACAAGGUAGAAGAGAUGGACGACAAGACGGUGUUGUCCCUUCUCUUAAACGGAUUACGUGCAAGGGAACUAUACAAGGAAUUCUGCCGAAAACCCCCGGCCACGUAUCAAGAAGCUUACCACACCGCAUGGGAGUUUGCUGAGGCUGAAACCCAACUCUGGGCAAAGAAAGAAGCAGAGCAUGGCUUCAAGCCCAAGCCGGUCCAAGUCAACAAGGAAGAAGAACCGGGUCCUAGCCGGCCAAGGCAUCACUAUGACCCAAUCGUCCGUAUGGUCAAUACCGAAGAAUGCCAAGAGAUCAGAAAAGCACCGGUCAUUCCUCCGGAAAACCCUACCAGUCAAGCAGGACGACAAUGGUCGGGCACCUAUUGGUCAUACCAUAGGCGUAAGCAUACUAGGAGGGAACCAAUCGUCUUUACUGACCGGGAUCUCCCACCCACCGGUGAAGAUCAUAACGAUCCAUUGGUCAUCACCAUGGACAUUAAUGGGGUGGAUGUUGCCCGGGUACUUGUUGACCACGGCAGCAGUGUCAACAUCCUAUACUUGGAGACCUUCCAAAAACUCAGGUUGUGUCAGACACAACUUGAACCCCUCAAAACCCCUCUUUCAGGCUUCACGGGAGAUACAGUGGAAGCUGAAGGAUCCAUAGUUCUACUGGUCGAACUAGGAUCGGGUGAAAAAACCGUAUGGAAGAAGAUGCGGUUCAUCGUUGUGGACAUCAAAUGCGUCCAUAACGCAAUCCUGGGAAGACUGGGCAUCAAUAAAGUCGGAGCGGUGAUUUCCAUGCCUCACCUAUGCAUGAAGUUUCACACUCCAGGCGACCUACCGGUUAGCCACCCUACCAAGCAAUGGUGGGAGAUGGCGGUAGACGGGGCGUCCAGUCCAAAAGGCUGCGGGGGUGGUAUAGUGUUUACCACCCCGGAAGGGUUCAAGAUCUACCAUGCACUCAUCUUCAACUUCAAGCUGACGAACAACGAGGCAGAAUAUGAAGCUUUAGCUGGAGGGCUCAAACUUGCUCAAGCUCUCAAAAUCAGCCGGGUCAGUAUCAAAUCUGACUCUAGUCUCAUUGUUGGGCAAGUGACCGAAAAUGCAGAUGCAGACCUUCUCUCCAAAUUGACGCAGUAUGCCCCCGAGCACGUUUCAAAACUUGCCCGGGUGGAAAUUCUCGAUCGUGCCAGCAUCGAUAAAUUGGAAGUCGUCGCCAUAACAGCAGCAGGCCAAUCUGACCGGUCAAACCUGAUCGGGGCGGAUAACCAUUGGAUGUGCGAUCUUAUGAAAUAUUUGACAGAUGGAAGCUUGACCGAACAAGAUGACCGGAAAAGAAAAGUGAAGCUUAGGGCGCCCCGGUUCCAAGUCAUUGAUGGGAUGCUGUACAAAAGGGCAUUCGGGGGACCACUCUUGAGAUGCCUAACCAACCGGGAAGCUGAAAGAGUCAUUGCAGAAGUCCAUGAAGGUGUAUGUGCGGCCCAUCAAAUGUCUCGCACCUUGUCCCAGCGCAUCAUACUGCUGGGGUACUAUUGGCCAACAAUCGCCCAGGAUUGUGAAAGAUCAGAUCCACCUGAAGUCGGUGCAGAAGGAAAAAGUGUUCAGAAGGAAAUUUCAAGUACGGUAGAAUCGGCAGUUUGUGGCGGCCUGACAGGCGACCUGGCCGGCGGCGGCCUGCCUGGCCGGCGGCGGCCUGCCUGGCCGCCGGUCAAGAUGGCGGCGAUGGUGAUUCGAGCAAUCAGACGGCGAGGUGGCGCCGGCGGGCUGGCAGGCGACCGCCUGCCUGCCGGCCUAUCGACGGCGUCCAGCGGGGAAACGAAGAGAAGCCAUUGCAUGACGAAUUGGGAAUCCUAUCUCCGAAAGGAGCUCUGCUUCUCCCGUGAAUCACAUAAGGCGAGGGAGCAAGCGACCUGGCCGGCGGCGGCCUGCCUGGCCGCCAGUCAAGAUGGCGGCGAUGGUGAUUCGAGCAAACAGAUGGAGAGGGGGCGCCGGUGGGCUGGCUGGCAACCGCCUGCCUGCCCGCCUAUCGACAGCGUCCAGCGGUGUGAAGUUUCUGGAAUUUUGUGGCAGCGGCGAGAUCUGGAACCGGCGGUGAAGAAGAGCGCCGGCGGGCCUGCAGGCGACCGCCAGCCUGCCCGCCUGUCGACGACGUCCAGCGGCGAGAGGGUUCCAGUAGAUUCCAGCGGCGCGGCGGCGGGCUUGCCGGCGACCGCCGGUUUGCCCGCUUGACGGUCGACCUCCUCCUUUAAAAGCCCCGCGACCCCCUCCCUUUUCCAGCCAUAUUCCAACUUCGGUUUUUCCCCUUUUAGGGACAAAAAUCCCCACUUUUAUUUUCCAAACACUAUAUUAAAAUUAUGUCAAUUAAUUUUCAUCAUCCAAAGUUAAUUCUCAAGUCUUUGAAACUGUAAGUUUUUCUAUUCUUUUUAUUGUAAUCUUUAUUGAACUUUUUAUUAAUAAAAUUUACUUUGUUGA